UUCAUCGCCUUCACAGAGGCCAUGACCCUCCUACCUGGCAGCCCUUUCUGGUCCGCCCUCUUCUUUCUCAUGCUACUCAAUCUUGGACUCAGCACUAUGUUUGGCACUAUGGAGGGCAUCCUCGCCCCCCUGAGUGAACGCUUCAAAUGUCUGGCGAGGAACAAAACCAAGCUUACAAUUGCCAGCUGCAUCAUUGGCUUCCUGCUUGGCCUGCUCUUCACUCAGCGCUGUGGGAACUACUUUAUGAUGAUGUUCGAUGAUUACUCUGCAACGCUGCCACUCAUCAUCGUGGUGGUUUUUGAGACUUUCAGUGUGUCUUGGUUGUAUGGAGCUGAUAGAUUCCUUAAUGACAUUGAAGGAAUGCUGGGCUGGCGUCCCAGUGUUGUUUACAAAUACCUGUGGAAAUACAUUUGCCUGUUUGCUAUGCUUGGGCUGCUCGGAGCCACCACUAUCCGCAUGUUCCUGUCUCGCCCCACGUAUAUGUCAUGGAACCAGGAAAAGGCUUCUGAGGAGAAUUUGGAAUAUCCUGACUGGGCUCUGGCUGUUUUGGCUUUAUUAAUAAUAUUUGCCACACUGCCCAUGCCAGUGGGCUUCAUCCAUGCGUUUCUACAGAAGAGAAACACACAAAGUAGGGAUGCAGAGAAUGGUCACUACAGGAUGGUUAACACUGAGGAAACUGCUAUGACCGACCUUUCAGCACUGGAACAUAGGAAUGGGGACGCUGCUCCGGUUUCCUAAACCCUCAACAAAUGGGCUGUAUUUAAGGAGAAGGAACUUAUCAGUGAUAUAUAAGCUGAUGCAUUAUAAAGGGACAGUCAUUUUGUUACUGAGCCUUACAGUUACCUCACUUGUUCAAAAUCAGAAACACAUCUACAUAAUGCCAGCUGUUAAACUGCAUAUCCGUCAUGGCCUCUGUGAAGGCGGUGAACUACAUUGAAAGAGGAAGUUAAGCAAGAAAGAUGAGCUGCACAGCUUCUCUGCUGUUGCUCACAGAAUGAUGGAAGAAGCUUGAUUGUAAUCCAAGGUCUUCACUAACAGGACAUGAGUUCCCAGGAGUCUGACCUGUAGUAUUAAACUACGUUUUCUGUUACUGCCACUAAUUACAGAUGCUGCCAAAUUAGUCAGAAAUAUUCCAAACGGCCAUUUUAAUAUUUUCCUUUCUUUUUAAACUUUUAAAGUCAAACUAGAUCUAGAUGCUAAAGAUGCUCCAGCAGCUUUUAAAAAGUUUGUAGUAUGGAACAGAUAAUUUAUUGAUUUGUGAAAACUAUUGGGUAAAAUUUCCAUUAAGUUAUUUUUUACCAAAGUUAGUGUCCAAAGAAGCAAAAAUAUGCUUUUAAUAUAAGCCGUAAAUAUUCUAUGAUCCCAAAGCCAGUGUUGGAAACCAGGGUUUGGACCAUCAGAGCCUCUGCUCCUGACCACUGCCCAGUCCACAAUGUACGGAACCCCACAGUACCUCCUGCUGGCCCCCUCACUGAGGACAAUUUUGCUGUGGGGGAACGUACGAGGGGCUAUAUUCCUAAUGGGUGUUCAACUCUACCGUGGCUAACAAAGGGAGUGAGACAAAGGAGGCCCUGGGUCAGAUCUAUGAGACAGAGGAAGUGUCUGGGGAGACGGACAGAGGUCUGACCAUCUCUGCUAUGCAGCAGCCCCUGAAACGCAGAUCCAGAAACGGCAGAGGAUGAUAAAGAUCAUGUUAUAGUUGUUUUGUUAACGUUGUUACAUAGUUAACAUUCAUUUACAUCGUCCUUUCACUCUCGUAGUUUCUCUUCUUUCUGUUGGUCAUUCAUUAUGAUAACCUGAGAAUUGUGAUUGAUCAUGAGCUGGCUGAGCUACCGCGUCAUUAACCUGUCACUGCUGUCUCUGUUGAAGUCAGACUUGUAGCGACUGCUAAGUAUUUUCACUGUAUGUUUAUAUUUUUCCUGAGCAACUUGGAUUAAUACCUACAGUACAACACUGUGCAGGUUUACUAUCACGUUUACUCCAGAAAUGAGUCGCUUUAGCUACGUAUGCUGCUGUUCAGCACAGCAUGUUUACAGUCAAAAAAACAACCGAGACCAGACUCUGUGUUUGAACUCGAUAAGACAUUUUACACUACGUAAGCAGGUGUAGCUGCCCCGGUUAUAAUAAACAUGCAGGCUAGCAUUAUUUGUUCAAGGAAACAGCUGAUAGGUUUUUAUGUCCUCUGUUUUUUAAACUCUUCGGUAACAAAGUCAGUGUAAAACAAAAUCUGCACAUCUGUGUAUUUAGAGUACAAAGACUGACUGAAGCUGUUGUCAAGUGACAUCAUGCUAAUGCAACAAAAAGAUAAAAAGAUAUUUAUAUGAUGUGUAUGUAUGUAAAUGGUACAUGUAAAAUAGUUUUUAUUGCUAAACAUUUGAGUAGUUUUUUUGUAGUUGUAAAUGGAAAAUUGCCUAAAGGACCUUUUGUGUAUGUUUUUUGUAAAGAUUAAUAUAUUUUUUAGACUUCAUUGCUCUGUGAUAUCGUCUCACAGCUGCAGUGUGUUUUCUGGUGUAGUUUUUCCGUUUUAUCAGGAUAUAGUUGAAUAAAUUGACUUGAUGGAUCAUUAUGCUGUUUAAUCCCGGGGGCCUUUAGCUCUAAUAGGGCAGAAUGAACAAACCGUUAAAAGCAUCCCAACAUUCUUGUAACUUUAAAAACAUUUCUUUUGACAUUGCAGUAGUGUUCAAAAUGUAUGUAAGAUACUAUUGUUGUAUUAUUUGUUGCUGUUCUUUUCUUAAUAAACUUUAGCAUCUCAUUCGUGUUUUAAAGUUCAUAAAGUUUUGAUAGAUAAUGGAAAAAGUGUAGAUUUCUGCUGUCCUGUUCUGCACUAAAACAUGCUCUUUCCACUACCUGCUGGGUGUUGUUGCCCAUCAGCACAAUUAUUUUUCUGGGAAAGUUGAAGCAUAUCGAGACCCGCCGAGAGGUAAAUGUCUGUGCAGCUACAACAAAAAUGAUACAACGACAAUAUGAACAUUUGUUUUUCUUACAGCCUUUCUUUCUGUUACAGCUGGAAAGAGUAGAAGCUGUUUCUGACUCUGUCCAGCUGUAACAGAAAGAAAGAACAUAAUACUUUUCAUUUUCUAUAAAUCCCCAGCAGCUCAUUUACAGGAGUGCAGGUGAAAUGAAACAUGAGGGGGUGGGUCUAUUGUAGCUUUUGUUUUCAAAUCCGUGUUUUAAUUGUCAGAUAAAGAGAACAGUCAGUGCUUUUCUUUGUUUUGUUUCUCUUUCUUAUCUCUCAGUCCUUAAAUAGUCUGAGAGUUCUUGCAGGGCUGCAGGCACGUUAAGGUUCAAACUGCUUAGAUCAGGGGUGGAGAAUUCCAGGCCUCAAGGGCCUGGGUCCUUACCCCGGGUCAACACACCUGAAUCGAAUGAUUAGUUCAUUACCAGGCCUCUGGAGAACUUCAAGACUUGUUGAAGAGGUAAUUCAGCUGCGUUGGAUCAAGGACACAUCUAAAACCUGCUCGACACCGACCCAUGAGGCCUGGAGUCCCCCACCCCUGGCUUAGAUGAUUAACUGUCAGAAUAUUAAGCUGAAAGGGCUGUACGUCUCUGCUCACUCCUAAUAUUCAGAGUGUAACUACACAUUUAAUACAUUUAAAUCCUGGAAAAAAAGUGCAA